UCUUAUUUAACCAUAGUCCCCAAAUUUUCCUUCAAAACCAAAGCAUAUUAAUGAUAAUGUCCCUACCCAUUUUCUUCUUCACUCUUCUACCUCUACUAUUCCUGUUCCACUCUUCUCAUUGCACCACCAUUCUAGUUGAUGGGUCUUCAGAGUGGAAGAACCCCACUGUUCACAUUGGAGAUUCCAUCAUUUUCAAGCACAAGCAACACUACAACAUCUACAUUUUCAAGAACCAGAAAGCCUUUGAUCUCUGCAAUUUCACGCAAGCCACUCUUCUCACCAACCCCAACACUGCCUCCUACACGUGGCAUCCAUCACGCCAUGGUUUCUUCUACUUUAGCUUCAAUGAUGGGUCGUUUAAAGCAUGUCAAGGUACUUCUCAGAAGCUAGCAAUUAAGGUCACUUCACUAGUAGCAGCUACACCACAUGCCUCAGCAAUGCCACCAGAACUUUCAGCAGCUCCAUUCUCUGGUCAAGUGCCAUCAUCUUCUCCUUUUUAUCCUCUACAAGCAGGUUCACCUUCACCAAGUGUGACUGAUCCAUUGGCACCCUAUAAAAGUGGCAGCUUGCCCUUCAUUACCAGUAACCCUGCAGUUCCUCUUCCCACUGAUGAAGUUGACUCUGCUGCUAUACACCCUCUUCCCACCUCUAGUGCCCAUCAAGGACAGGUGAUGAUUGGAUCAUUUGGACUUCUAAUAGGUGUGCUCACCAUUACUUUACUGCUACUAUUAGAUGUGUGAGAUAGAUCAGGGUGAAUAGGGUGGAACUGAUCAAUUUGAUUGACUCUAAAGUAUCUUUAAGACAUGAUCCUACCUUGUAUUAAGUAGCUUUAAGACAUGAUUAGUUAUACCUUGUAUUAAGAUGGUCUUACAUUUUCUUUCAAAUCGUUGCUGUCACUUUUUGUUUUUUGGAUUUGGAUUUUGGAGAACAAUUGAUUACCACAUUUGCUUUAAUAUCUGGAAUUUCCUCACCA